GACGAAGAGCUUAACCAUUACAUCGCAGUAUCGUUCUUUUCGUGGAGUUAAAUAUACUUGAAGUGUUAGAAUAGAAUCAGAUAUUGAGUUGCAGGGAAAGAUGUUGUCAAGAGAAACAUUUGAAUAAAGAAUGGAAAACUUUGCAGUAAUAAUACUGAAGAUAUUUCUACAGAAGAGAAUAGUUUAGUUCUGUGUUGAGUAGGGAAUAAUAGGGAACAGCAGUGUAUGGAUAUUGUAUUGAAUGGAGAAGGAGUGGAGGACAAAGAACUAAGCUUCUGAAAUUAUAUUUAAGAAGUUAAUUUAAGCUAUCAACGUUUGUUUAGAAUUUGAAAAAUGUUGAGUAGACUACAGGAAUUGAAGAAAGAAGAAGAAUCUUUGCUGAAAAUAAAAGCAGCUUUGCAUGACCAGUUGAAUAGGCUGAAGGUUGAAGAGCUGGCUCUUCGCUCCAUGAUCAGUCUCAGAGAAGAAAAUGAUUCCAUGUAUUGUACAUCUGAAACACCUGAUCCUGUAGAGGUAUCCUUUCAAGCAGACAACGAAUCUGCUAUCAAUCAGACAGAACUACAGCUUAGCACAAAGAGAUAUGAACAGUGCAGUGAGGAAGAGGAGGAAGAAGAGGAAGAAUUGGAAACAUAAAAACAGCUUUUUGUCCUUCUUGUAAAUAGUCAAGAACUGUACCUAUUUAAACAAAUGUUUAUAAUAAAGUAUAGGGCACCUAGAGGCUGCAUAGCAUUUUGCACAUAAACCGAUGUACGUUUUUGUUAACUUCAUGUUGUUGAAGCGGUAACGUAAGGUAUAAACACAUUAGAAAAAAUAAAGCUUUGCUGUGUUUUAUUACA